UAAUUUUAUUAAUGGGCUCGAUCGUGGCCCAUUUGUUGUUACGGUUCGAUAGCGUUUCCCAUCUUCCUUAUCCCCUCCUCCCUCGGGGUGUAGGAGAAGUCGAAACAUUCUAGAGCUCCGCUCCACUCCCAGUAAUGGCGGCGACAUGGACUUGUUUUGUAACUUCGUUGUGUAUUUCUUCACCUUCUUAUAAACCAUCGUCGUUGCACGGUCUGUCUUUCCGGAGGCAAGCAGUGACCAGAACGAACAGAUUUUUUACCAGGAUAUAUGCGCUGUCUAGCAACGACAUCAAAGUCGGGACAAGCAUAGAAGUCGAUGGUGCUCCGUGGCGUGUUCUGGAGUUUCUGCAUGUGAAGCCAGGCAAAGGUGCUGCUUUUGUCAGAACCAAAAUCAGGAACUACGUCAAUGGUAGCACAGUCGAGAGAACCUUUCGUGCUGGGAUUACUAUAGAAGAGGCCAAUGUCUCCAAGGAGACUAAGCAAUUCACUUAUAAAGACGGCUCUCAGUUUGUUUUCAUGGACUUGAGCAGUUAUGAGGAAACACGUUUAAACGAGGCUGAUAUGGGCGACAAGACCAAAUGGCUUAAAGAGGGAAUGGACUGCAAUUUGCUCUACUGGAAGGACAAGGUCAUCGAUUUUGAACUUCCCAUUACAGUUCAGCUUAAAAUAGUUGACGUUGAUCCUGGUCUCCGAGGUGACACUGCACAAGGUGGAACUAAACCUGCCACACUCGAGACUGGUGCAGUUGUCAAUGUACCCCUCUUUGUCAAUGUUGGUGAAGAUAUUAUGGUGGACACGAGAACCGGUACGUACAUGAGCCGGGUCUGACACUUCUUCCCUAUUGCUAACGACUAAGGAAUGUGAUAUUUAAUGAGCGGUUUUGCUUAGACUACUCUGAUUAGUUGAGUGAACGCCCAGAAUUGCUACUAUUGGUUUCCCUAAUAAUGAUUCUGUAUUAUUUUAAGAUACAUACGUUUCUCCGGGCCACCGUGUUUGAGUGUGCGCACUGAGUGACGAAUGAAUUAAGUGAAUUUAAAUUAGGUGACAAAACGUAUAAUUAAAA